AUUUUCACGUUGCGCUAUGGACACCACUGCAGAAAACGUGAAACCUGUCGGAAAGACCAAGGAGGAGAAGAAACUCCUUCGAAAACAAAUUAAAGCUAGUCACAUUCUGCUCAAGCAUGAGGGAAUCAACACAGUUACACAGCCAACCCAGCACCUGGUGGUGGCCAAUGGAGGGCUGGGGAAUGGAGUGUGUCGAGAACAACUGCUUGAGGUUCUGUCAGGAGUGGGCACCGUAGAGUCCCUGCUGAUGCCCCCAAACAAACCUUAUGCGUUUGUCACCUACCAGUCCUCGGACUGUGCCCAAAGGGCACACGCACUCCUCAAUGGUCAGCAACUGCAGUGCCAGGGUCAGGUGGUGACCCUGUACCUAAGCUUUGUCGAGAGAGUGGGCUGUGAACAGAGUCAGAGUGCUGAGCUGCCCCCUGGUCUGGUGGUGCUGGAGGACUAUGUCUCCCAGGAGGAGGAGGCUCGGAUGCUGGAGGCUGUGGACUGGACCACACAUGAGGACGAGACAGCUCACAAAGCAUUGAAGCACAGAAGAGUGAAGCACUACGGGUAUGAAUUUCGAUAUGACAACAACAAUGUGGACAAAGAUAAGCCAUUACCUACAGGCAUCCCAACAGUAUGCGAUCCUGUGCUGCAGCGAUGCCUGAAGGAUGGUCACCUCCAGGUUCUACCUGAUCAGCUCACAGUCAACCAGUAUGAGUCAGGCCAAGGAAUCCCACCACACAUCGACACGCACUCAGCUUUUGAAGACACCAUCCUCUCCCUCAGCCUCGGUGCCAAGACGGUCAUGGAUUUCCGUCAUCCUGAUGGCCGCUCAGUUGCCGUGGUGUUGCCAGAGAGGAGCCUGCUGGUGAUGAAGGGGGAGAGCCGCUUCCUGUGGACCCACGGUAUCACGCCCAGGAAGUUUGAUAUGGUGCCUGCCCAGGACGCAGAGGGCUCGGUGGCCGUGACCUCUGACCCCAGCAACCUGACGCUCAGCCGACGGGGCACAAGGACCUCCUUCACCUUCCGCAGAGUGCGGCGGGCCCCCUGUGACUGCUCUUACCCCACAGUCUGUGACAGCCAGUGUGGUCCAGCGGCCGCCCCCUCCGCCCCCUCCCUGCCCCAGGACGACGGUGACGCGUCUCGGCUGGAGGAGCAGUUUGUGCACCAGGUGUACCAGGAGAUCGCGUCCCACUUCAGCAGCACGCGCCACUCCCCUUGGCCCCGCGUGAGAGACUUCCUGCUGGAGUUGCCCCCCGCCGCCCUGGUGGCCGACGUCGGCUGCGGCAACGGGAAGUACCUGGGCAUCAACCCGGAAGUGAUGUCGGUGGGUUGUGAUCGCAGCUCCAGCCUGGUGCAGAUCUGUGGUGAGCGUGGCUUCCAGGCGUUUGUGUCCGACGGCCUGGAGGUGCCCCUGAGGGGAGACACCUUCGACGCCUGCAUCUCCAUCGCCGUCAUCCACCACUUCUCCACACAGGAGAGGCGUCUGGCUGCCGUGAGGGAGUUAGUGCGGCUGCUGAAGCCUGGCGGUCAGGCGCUCAUCUACGUGUGGGCCAUGGAGCAGGAGUACAACAAGCAGAAGUCCAAAUACUUGAAGGAUGCCAAAGACAAGGAGAACCAGCAGCUACAGCUUUCCACCGAGAGCGGCGACACCAAGCAUCCGGCAGAGAACCAUGCCACCACCGACCAGGAAGAGCACCCAGCGGAGAAGCAGCAGCAGAUCCCCCCACCAAACUCUGCAGUGCCAGCCACCUCCAUUGCCGGCAGCCCCCCAAAACUAAGUGUUCACACCAACCGGACAGCCUUCAACUCCCAGGACCUGCUGGUGCCCUGGCACCUGAAAGGGGGGGACAAUGACGCAAAGAAACAAGCAGGACAUUCCUCUACGGAGGCUGCUGUUGCUCCUGCAGGAGCACCAACUGCUGGAGCCCCUCCUGUGUUCCACCGCUACUAUCAUGUGUUUCAGAAAGGGGAGCUGGAGGCGCUGUGCAACUUGGUGGAGGAUGUUGAAAUAAGGACUAGCUACCACGACCAAGGCAACUGGUGUGUCAUCCUUCAAAAACUGUCCAAAUAACAAAUGUAAUGAAAUAAAAAAAAGGAUUUAAAUGUGAAAUAUUCAAAAGUAUUUCAUUUGUGCAAAAUUGUUUUUAUUGUUUAGUUUCUUUUUUAUCCGUUUUUAUUUUGUCUUGUAGAUAGUGGGGAUAUUUCAAGAACAUAGUUAAUUGAUAAGUCUGGCUAUUCGGUGCAAUCACCCAUUUAGUGAAGAAAAUUGAGGACUCCAUGCUCUUGUAUUAGCUCGCUUACCACUUCCUCUAGGUGGUUGACUGAACCUGCUGUGCUAUUGGACUGCUACUUUUUUGGAAUAUCCCCCAUCAGGGCUACUGACAGCAUUGGCUGGGCCCAGGACAAAGUCAUCUGAAAGGGCCCUCAACCCAUUACAUGCAUGCAAAUAAUGAGGACCCAAUCCUGGCCCCCUUCUGUCUCUGGGCCUGGGACAACUGACCCCAUUUGUCCCUCCCCCUUUCUGCUACCCUGCCCUCCCCCUCUCAUAUGAAGAUGCAGUCUUAAUGUGUUGGCUUUGUUGGUUGAAUGAAGCCCCAGCUGUUGCACGAACAUUAAUGUUUAAACUGUUUGCCGCUGGGUGCCAUGUUUCGCAUGUCGGAGGGCCAUUUGUUUGCUCCUGGAGCCUGCCCUAACGAGAUCUAGAUUUAAUGAUUCAAGGUUAAUAGCCCCCUCAUGCCCCCUACCUGAUCGCAGCUGGAGUGAGAUAUUUCUCAUCUCUGCUUACACCUACUGCAGUAAUUACCUGCCCACUGUUUGAAUUUCAUCCUUCUUUGGGUGUAAGUUUGGGGUGUUAUACAGUGUCUGUUUUAUGCAACCCUACUGCUACUGCCAGGGGAGCAUGUCUCCAAAAUCCAUGUUUAUUGAUUUGUUUAACCCUCUGAAACGUAUUGAUUACUUUUGUGAGUGCCUGUGAAAGCAUAUUUGACAAUAUUUUCCCGAGACAGAAUAAGGUUCAGGGUUGUAGGUUUAGGUUAUUUGCCAUGUCAUAGCUGCCUCACCAGCCAGAUGUCUCAAUAUGUGAAAGAAAUCGAAUUGUGACUUCUAACCUAUUUGAUUAGUGAUGCGUGAACAUGCAUUUAAACAAACAAAAAUAAACAAGUUUGAGGAUGUGAA